CUUUCUUUCCAAGAUGGCGGCCAAAAAGUGUCUGAGCAACGCACGGGUAGGAAAUGUAUUGAUUUCUUUCUUUGUUGAAGGCUUAAUCCUGACAUAUAAGAUUAGAUGAAUACAUUGUUUACCACUUGUAUUUUAUAUGAUUAUGUUUAGUAAUAUUGGUUUAAUGAUCUGUUUUUUAAAACUCUUCAACAAAUGUCAGUUAUUCAUGAUCAGUUCGUAAUGAAAGAAGAGCGGCUAGCGUAAGCUUUUAUUGCCAGUCAGAUUUUCGGUGAUUUGUGCUCAUUUUUUUUAACCUGAACCUUGCAGCCUAAGUUUUCCAACACUCAUCUUAAAUGAAGCUGUGUUUCUUUAAGUGGUAUUUUAUUUGUUUGAAAUUGAUUGAAAAAUGUGCUGCUUUAAAUUAAGAUUCACGUAAUACGUACUAACGUACAUGUACAUUGAUGUAACCUUUGAUUUUUUUAUAUUAUGUCGCACAUUCCGCCCAAAUUUAAUUUUUUUAUGGGAACUUUUCGGACAUAAUCAAUGCACGUACUGCAGUGAGGAUAAUUUAUAAUCGCCAACGAAAUUAUUCAACAAAUUAGCGGAAGUUUCCGACUGCAUGCACUUUCUACGUCAGAUGAUUUAAAACUCCUUUACUCUUUCUGCAGGUAAUGUGUGCUACAGUGGCCACUUUGUUUACCCUUCUUUCGUUAGUCCACCAAUCGUUUUGCAAAUCAAGUAGCAAAUCAAUAAUAGCCUCUCUAGAUGCAAGAUGGGGAUCGACACCUCUUCUGCUUGAAGCAAGGUUGGUUGAGAACAGGGUUAAUUUCAAAAUAAAUCGGAAUAAAAGCAAAUAAAAAACAGCAUAACUUCCAGGAUAUUCCUAAGACUGGAGAUAUGAGAGCUCUUAUACAGCUACAUAGAAUGCUCUGGCUAAAUAUCACCAGCCUGGGCUAAUUUAUACUAAGACAUUUAGCUGCUAUGUAGCUUAUUCUUUCAGAACUUUACACUAUUCUUUCAGUUCAUGUCAAUUUAGAAUUGUAUUGGUGCUAAAUUUUAUUAUCUAAAGUAGUGUUACACACAUUUAUUUGAAAGUUGUUUAAAGGGUUCAGAUGUACUCAGUCUUAUAAUAGUGUUUAAGGGGUAAGUUUCUAAGGAAACUGUGUUGCUGCUUCAGUGGGAGAGGGUAAUUUAGGGUGAUAACGUAAAUUGGCCACAAUAAAGGGUUACAAGGCUGACUUUCGAGUGUUAACCCUUUGUCAGAGUGAGAAGGAAGGGCUUUGCUCUGAUCAAGGGCUAAUGCUCAAAAUGUCAGCUUUGAAACCCUUUACGGUGGCCAAAUUACAUUUAUUAUCAACUCAGUUGAUUAUAUUAAAUUACCCUUUUAUAACAGUAUUGCUACUUUCUUAGUUAGUUUUCACUUUUUGUUUGCAUUUUAGCUGAAUGAAUAUAAUACAUGAAUAUAAUGAUAAGAAAUUUUGAAUAACCAGACCAUGAUACAAAGAAGGUGACACAAGGGGAUCAAAAGGCUCCUCUGCAGACAACUGCACAUUUCUGAAUAUUCAAGAAAUUUUGGAAAAUUGUCCUUCACUCUUUGGAUAAGAGUGAUAGGUACUGUAACACAGCUCACCCUGGGAAUAAGAUGUUUUUGUUUUAAUUUCAGUGAAUAUUUAGCAGCAGAGAGUAAUGAAAAAUUUUGGAAGUUUGUGGAUUCAUGUCAAGAUAAAUCAUUCAGUCAUGAUUUAGGUAAUGAAUGAUUAUUUUCUUUUGGUGUAAUUAUUGUGUGAAGUAUACCAAGGAGCUACAAUCAAUGUCAUGAUAACAAAAGAAUAAGAUUCCUAAUUUUUCAGUUCAACAGUUGAUGUUAUUUCAUUGACUUAAUCAUGCAUUAACCUUUUAACUCUCAUGAGUGACCAAGACAGAAUUUCUCCUUACAAUAUCAAUACAAUAUCAACCAGAGAAGUAAUGAGAAUAAAGAAAAUUAUCAAUUUGGGGAUAAUUAGUUGAUUCAAUACUAAAUUAUCUGAACUAACAUUAUAAGAAUUGUAUGGUUGACAGUAAGGAGAAUUAUAAAUUUGAUCUGAGAGUUAAAGGUUUAAAAGGCCUGGCUCUAGUUUUUCAAAGGUUGGAUAACUCUAUCUAAUGGAUAAAUUGCUCUUCAUGGGAUAAGUGCGAACAAAAUAUACUAUAUGCUAUCCACCAGAUAGAGAUUUGUUCAGUGGAUAGCAUUUCCCAUCCUAUGAACAACUGGCACCUGGUUGUUACUUAACCCUUUUUGCUGUAACAUCAAAAUACAGUUUCUCUAUACUGUUCUCUAUACAUUUCCUAUAGUCCUGACAAGGAGAAUUUUAAUAAUCAAGAACAUUAUAGGUUGGGGAUCAUUUCCUUUAUUCUCAGGACUCAAUGUUUGAUUCAGUGGUGAUUUAUUGUAAGGAGAAAUUAGAUGCGAGUCACUGAAGGGGUGUAAACAGUGAAAAGAUGGUUUUUGAGCUGUUAUCCACAGUGUUGAAUACGUUUUUAACGUUGUGUUUUACUCUUUUGAUUUCAGAUGAAUAUAAACAUGUUUUAAAAACUGCAGGCCAGUUGCUAGCUCCGAUAGGUUUAAAUUUCUUGCAAUUCUCAUUGCAAAAUUAUUUUCAGGAGGGUUUUUUUCAUUGAACAGUUUGAUGGACAUGUAACAGGAGAAAAGGUGACAAAGGGAUAUAAGCUUCAAUCAUUAUUCUGCAUUAAUCAAACCCCUAUUAGUUAGUGCAGGGAAACCAUACUCCUGUUUUGCGCGACCAAUCCUAAAAUUUAGCGCCUAAAUUUAUCAAGCAAAUCGGGAGAGAGAGUAAAAGUUGGAAUUUAUGAAAUCGAUAAAUCUCUGGGGCUAUUUGAUAGUGCUACAUUGGUGCAAAUGUAAACAUGUCCAGAAUGUUCGCAUGCAUUAUCAUUAUCAUCAAUUACUUCUAUCAACGGCGACAUGAAAUUUGAAAAGAACGCGUAAAUGGAAGUGAAUCUUCUUUCACAUAUGAAAGAGAAUUUUUCUGUUUCUCAAACCAUUCUUCUCGAACAUUCUAGUUCCGGCAUUUUGUCGACCCCGCAAAUGAGUAAGACUGGUCACCAGUCAUAACAACUCACCAUACUCAUUCUUAUUUGGAUAAACCAACGCACACUCGAAAGACUUUAAGGAGACCCAAGCUUUUCAGUGUCACCUGUUAACUCUAGCACGACCCGCUAAACCCUUUCCCCACGUUGCAGAUAUUUCUUUCAUUCUUUCUAUACAUCUGCAUAGCCGCUCUCCGCGUAAUUGAAAACGCUGUGUUCACACCUGACACUAGUACAAGUAUAGGAUAGUAUUUCACCGCUCAAUAUAACUAAACGUUAGUAAUCUUUCCACAUUUAUGCAAGUGUGGUUGUGUUUUAAUCGCAUGUGGCUGCUGGUCGUCAAGGAUCCAUUUCUCUCCUGAGGCUGAUGUGCUCCCUUGCUCGUGUUCCACAGUCGGUCCUUCCAUUUCCAUGCUCUUCUUGUUCAUCUUGGUCCCAGGAUCAAUCCUUUUUACUAAUUCUCUGAGCAGAGCGUUUUGCGCCUCCAUCGUAUCAACCAAUGUUUCGACGCGUUUCUCAUUAAGGUCGAGCUUUUUCUUAAUCUCAGUAUAAUCUAAAGCUACACCAGAGAACGGUUCUUCUUUGGCGCGAGGAGUAAAGUCCAAGCCUGAGGAUGUCUCCAUUCCAAGAAGAAGCAUCAACCUGAAUAUCGAAGACAAAGAAGUAAUUUUGUGAAGUGAACAUUUUAACCCUUAAUUUGACUCCCAAGAUGUGAUUGUUGCUUCUCCCCUCAAGUUGCUAUAAAUUUCCUUGUCAAUCAGUAACGAGAAUAUAGUGUUAGAUCAAAAUAACAACUUCUACCUGAUCAGUUUUCUAGUUAACUGUUGACUGAAGAAUGAAUGGUAAAGAUAUUAAAGAGAAGUAGACAUUGAUGGAGUCGUUGUAAAGCUGCUUUUUAGAAUUUUUCUAACAUUUUUGAGAUUUACGAGUGACUUUUGAUUAGAAUGGCACUCACGGCAUACCUCUUCCUCAGAGUUCGACGAUUUGGCUGCAAAGUUACUUCUGGAUGGCGAAAACGCCGCGAGAUGCACCUCGGGAAGCUGUUUUCGACCUUGGCGAUAUACAUGACCUUCAUAGCCAUCCUUUUAAACGCAGCAUUGCGUCGGAUUGCGUCGAUAUCACCCACGGCAAGACCCACCUGUAGGUGAAACAUGCAACAGUGAUCAACGUCCUACAAAUUAUAGCAUUAAGUUUGAUUUAUUCGCUGGAAGCGUCUUGAUAAUACAAAUUUUGAGUCGGUGACACACUCGGUUGCGUCCCGUGU